ACCUACCAUAUGUUCCUCACAAUUAUUAUUUUUUUGCCUUCAACAACUUUCAUCCAUUCUUUUUAGUGACAAAAAAAAUGAUGGGGCGCUGUAUGCGUUUGUUUGCAACUAUGUUACUCUUGCUUAUGGUUCUCUUUGCCACUGAGAUGGAGCCGGCGGAGGCAAGGACUUGCCAGUCGUUGAGCCAUCGGUUCAAAGGUUUGUGCGUGAGAAGUAGCAAUUGUGCUUCUAUUUGCAAUACUGAGGGCUUCCCUGAUGGAAAAUGCCAAGGCUUGCGACGCCGUUGCUUUUGUUCACGACACUGUUAAAAUAUCUAUCUAUAUCUAUAUCUAUCGAAUAACGUGCACUACUGUAUUAAGUAUUGUUACUGUUGAAUGUAACUUUUUUUUUUUUGAAGUAUUAAUUUGGUCAUGUUAAAACUACUUGUAUUUGUUGUUCUUAUGGAGAUCCUUGUUUUUUUGUUUGUUUGAAAUAUGUGUGAUCAUCUCAAACUUAAAUUAUCAGAGUGAAUAAAUUUUUAUUACUUAAUUAUA